AUGCUCUGCUUUUCAGAUAACACCAUCCAGUCGAUUUUCUGUUGCUGCUGUUGCUGUUCCGUGCAGAAGCGGCAAGUGAGAACACAAAUAAGCCUGAGCAAUGAUGAAGAACUCUCAGAAAAAUACAUUCAGCCUCGCAGGCAGUGGUUCAGUGAAUUGAGAAGUAAGAAGCAAUCCAGCAGGGGCCGUGUGCAACCAUCAAAACGCAAGCCGCUGCCUCCCCUCCCGCCCACUGAGGUUGCUGAAGAGAAGAUCCGAGUCAUGGCACUCUAUGAUUUUCUGCCCAGAGAGCCCUGUGAUUUAGCAUUAAAGAGAGCAGAGGAAUACCUGAUCCUGGAGAAGUAUGAUACCCACUGGUGGAAGGCAAGAGACCGUUGGGGGAAUGAAGGCUUUAUUCCAAGCAACUACGUGGCUGAAAACAAACUAACCAAUUUAGAAAUUUAUGAGUGGUACCAUAGAAACAUUACCAGAAAUCAGGCAGAACGUCUUUUGAGACAAGAGUCCAAAGAAGGUGCAUUUAUUGUCCGAGAUUCAAGACAUUUGGGAUCCUACACCAUUUCCGUGUUUACAAGAGAUAGGAGAAGCAUGGAGCCUACCAUCAAACAUUACCAGAUUAAAAGGAAUGACUCAGGAGCGUGGUACGUGGCUGAAAGGCACCUCUUUCAGUCAAUCCCUGAAUUGAUUUGGUAUCACCAGCACAACGCAGCUGGUCUCAUGUCCCGUCUCCGCUACCCAGUUGGGCUGAUGGGCAGCUGUUUGCCAGCCACCGCUGGUUUUAGCUAUGAAAAGUGGGAGAUAGAUCCAUCUGAGUUGGCUUUUGUAAAGGAGAUCGGAAGCGGUCAGUUCGGUGUGGUCCAUUUAGGUGAAUGGCGAGCACAUCUCCAGGUAGCUAUCAAGGCCAUCAACGAAGGCUCCAUGUCUGAGGAGGAUUUCAUUGAGGAGGCCAAAGUGAUGACGAAACUAUCCCAUUCGCGGCUGGUUCAGCUCUACGGAGUGUGCAUCCAGCGGAAGCCCCUCUACAUCGUGACGGAGUUCAUGGAGAACGGCUGCCUGCUGAACUACCUCAGGGAGAGGAAAGGGAAGCUCAGGAAGGAGAUGCUGCUGAGCAUGUGCCAGGACAUAUGUGAAGGGAUGGAGUAUCUGGAGAGGAACUGCUUCAUUCACAGGGACUUAGCGGCAAGAAAUUGUUUGGUCAGUUCUACAAGUAUAGUAAAAAUUUCGGACUUCGGAAUGACAAGGUACGUUUUGGAUGAUGAAUACAUCAGUUCCUCUGGAGCCAAGUUCCCAGUCAAGUGGUCCCCUCCGGAAGUUUUCCAUUUCAACAAGUACAGCAGCAAAUCUGAUGUCUGGUCAUUUGGCGUUCUGAUGUGGGAAAUUUUUACAGAAGGGAGAAUGCCUUUUGAAAAUAAGUCAAAUUUACAAGUUGUGGAAGCCAUUUCUAAAGGCUUCAGGUUGUACCGCCCUCGCCUGGCACCAAUGUCCAUCUACGAAGUCAUGUACCGCUGCUGGCAUGAGAAACCUAAAGGCCGCCCUACAUUCGCUGAGCUGCUGCGGGUUCUCUCUGAGAUUGCAGAAACUUGGUGA